AUGUAUCUAGCUAAUGAAUUUGUGAUCGGUUUUUCAUUUGGAAUUAUAAGUAUUGUCGGAAUACAUAAAAUGCAUGUUUAUGCAUUAAAGUACUGCGGGCUUAGUAAUUCAACUGACUAUGAAAGUGACGUGCAAAGCAAAGAGGAUUUAGAGGAUGACGAGGAUGACAAGUUUCUUGAUGCAGAAACUAAAAGUGAAUUUUCGAGUGUCAGUGGAAACAUGUCUGAUAAUAUUUUAAAAACAUUUAACACAAUAAUUGAAAAGAACUUAUUUCUAGAACAGAAAUUUAACACAUUAGAAGAACUGUAUAGAGGCGAAAAAGAGAAAAGAGUAUCUAUAGAAUUACAAUUACAAGAUUUUGAAGAACGUUUCUUAAUGAACUUAUCACAAACACGUGAAGUUACGGGUAUGCAAGAAUUAUCGGAGACAGUCCAGGAACUACAAACGACAGUAGAGAAGCAACAAUUGAUGAUUGAAAAUAAUAAUAGGUGUAAUGAAGAAUGUUUUAAGGAAAAGAUUAAUGAAUUAGAAGAACAAUAUAAAGGUGUAGAAGAGAAACUGAGAUCUGGAGAAUUACAAUUGCGAGAUUUUGAAAAACGUUACCUAACGAACUUAGCACAAAUUCAUGAAAUUAUGGGCGUGGGUGGAUUAUUAGACACUGUUAAAAAUCUACAAACGAUAGUAGAGAAGCAACAAUUGAUGAUUGAAGAAAAUAUUAGUUGUGAUGAAGAACGUUUAAAUGAUAAAAUCAAAGAAUUAGAAGAACUGUAUGGAGAUGAAGAACAAAAAAAAACAUCCAGAAAGCUACAAUUGCAUCAUUUUGAAGAAUGUUGCUUAAUAAACAAAGCACAAACCUGUGAAGUUACGGAUAUGCGUGAGUUAUCGGAGUCUGUUCAGAAACUACAAAAUACUAUAGAGGAGCAGCAAUUAAUGAUAAAAAAAAAGGAAAAUUGUGAUGAAGAAUUGAAGAGUUUAAAAUUAGAUAUGACCACUGUUAAAAACAAUUUGAACUCGUUGAUCCCAAAUAUCAACAAUCUUGGCACUCAGAUGAUGUCUAUAGAAAGAAACAUUGGAGCCCCCAAUAGCAAGAUUGACAAACUGAACAGUCGAAUCGAAAUCCUAGAAAGAGAAGUGACAAACAAUUCUACCCACAUUAUUAGUAAGAAUUACUACAAUCGAACGUUCUUGUCAAGACCGAGUUUGGGAGGUGCUGGUGCAGUUACUUCAGCAGUAAAUAAUUUUGAAUCAAGCCAGCAAAACGUCUCAAUGUCGUCAAUUACGACUAUGAGGUCAGCAUCGCAACGGCUUGCAGUUUUAAAUCUACCGCCUUCUCCACCGCCACAUACUUUAGCAUCGGCAUUUUUAGUAUCUCCGUCCAAAUCUCCAUCACCAUCACCACCACCAGCACCACUAGUACCAUCACCAUCACCAUCACCACCGCCAUCACCACCACCAGCACCACCAGUACCAUCACCCUCACCAUCACCACCACCAUCACCAGCGCCACCACCACCGAUAUCUAGUAUACCAGAUUUAAUAAUAUAUUGA